AGGGCUCAAGAGUACCAAACCUAGGCUUGAAGACGCCACUACAAAAGCAUCUUCCAGGCCCUCCUCCUCCUCCUCCUCCCCCUCUUCCUAAAAGCUACGCAACUCCUUUCUCUUCGGCUCUCAAACACUGGACCUCUUAUCUUCCGUACCCAAACCUCGGAAAAGUAUGGUCGGCCCUAACCCCACUAUCAAAUUCCUCUGCAGUUACGGCGGCAAAAUCCUCCCCCGUUACCCUGAUGGUAAACUCCGUUAUCACGGCGGUGAAACCCGUGUCCUUGCCGUCGAUCGCUCCAUUUCCUUUUCUGAGCUGUUGUUGAAGAUGGGAGAGAUGUGUGGGACAGCGGUGAGUCUACGUUGCCAGUUGCCAACGGAGGAUCUAGACGCGCUGGUUUCGAUCACUUGCGAUGAGGAUCUAGCGAAUCUCAUCGAGGAAUACGAUCGCGUAGCAUCGCCACCUUCUUCUUUAAAGAUCAGAGCUUUCCUUUCGCUGCCAAAAUCCACCAAAAAACCAAUUUCUCCUUCUUCAUCGUCGGCUUCGUCUUCAAAGUCAUCAUCUUCGUCCACUCCGAGGUUCUCCUGCAUACGUCAGAUCUCGGGGCCUCCCGUCGCUUUCCCUCUUUGCUCGGAGAAAUCUGCGGGGAAAAGUAUUCCGUACUAUGGUUACCAUGUUCAUCAUGGAAACCCUAGUCAUAUUUACCUUCUUCAUAACGGGAACCACUGGCAAUAGCAGCAGGCCAAAAAAGCAUGAAGGAUCAUAAUUUAUUAAACUGUUAUGAUCCUGUCUGAAUCCGCGAAGAACAAGUAAAGAAAUACUACCCAUAGAAGAAAAAAAAAACAAACAAAAACAAGAACCUAAGGUUAACAGAGAUGUUAACUGGGGCUUAAUGAAACAUCAAAAGCAGCCAUAAAAUGAUCUGAGAUUGCAACGGGAGCGAGAUGUAAUAUUCGAUACACUAAUUGCAAAGGGGCAAAGCAGCAGCGAAGCAAUGGUUGUUUCAAUACCAAACAAAUUCCAAGUAGCAAUAGCAAUAAAUUCUGGAAGCAUAUGGGGACCAUUUUGGAGAAUCAGAUGAGUCAUUACCAGAAUUUAUUGAACAUGCAUGGAGGGAAAGCCAUAAACCCUGUCCCAUUUGACAGCUGGUAUAUAUGAGUACUGAUGAAGGUGCGCCCUCAGCAUUGUUAUAAUAAUUAUAAUAAUAACAACAAUAAUUUCGUUGAAAUAAUGCUCAAAAAAUAAAAAAGAAGACGAAACCAGAAGGCAAAAGAAAAGAGUUGCCUUCAAUCCAAGACAAAAAAGACGAAGAGCAAAGGGCUGCUAACGAUACGAGUCCAUGAUUUUUGGUUCAAAGGAAGGGUCUCCACUCAUGUAUCAUUCAAAAAGGAAGAUUCCCUUUUGCUGUCCUAAUUUUGGAGAGAUACGACGGAUUUACAAUAUUAAAAAUAGAAUUAACAAAGGGAAACAAACAUAGACAUGACAGGGGAGUUUGAUGAUAGUCAUCGUCCGGAGAUAAAGAUACAGUGGUUUUAAGGUUACCCUACCCCACCAUGUGCCAUCUUUGUUUAUUUUUUUGCCCAUUGUUCUUCCUCCUAGCACGAAUAUUGAAUAUGAUAAAAAGGAAAGCUAGUAAGAAAAGGAAGGAUGCCAUGCCACCCAGAAAGCAUGAGCUUGGGAAGCCUAUUUUUAACAGUGAGAGGAGUGCUUCUGUAUUUAAAAAAGUGGUAGCCGUCAUGGAUCCCACAACGUCUAAUCCGCGUUUGAGAGCUGUGAGGUCGCCGUUGAUGGGUGAUCAUGAUGUUGGAGCUGAAACCUUUUCUUGGUGAUAAUGUGCAAGAGGACAGGCUGUGGCUCAAAACCUGAAACUGAGGAUCAAGCAUGUGUGGCCUUGUGGUUUUACUGUAUAUGAACCCUUUUUUGGUAUGGAACAGAUUGGGACUUGAUCGGAAUUAUUGGUUGGGUGGAGAUUCAAGAAGCGCAAUGGCAGGCAAGGCAAUCGCUUAGAAUGAGAUAUAUAGACAAGAUUAUACAUAGAGAGGAGAUAGAGACUAGAGAGGAACAUAUAUUCGGCCAAGAGAAAAAAUUAGUUUAGUUUUAUUCCUUUUACCUUGGUACAAAUAAGGGAAAAAAAAUCAUAUUUGAGUUAUAGAGAUGUGAAAUAAACAAGGCAGAUGUGAUUUUUAGGAUAACGAUGCAUUUCCUUUAUAGUAAUUCAUGACAUCAUGAUGUCUACUUUUAAAAAUUGUCCUUUAAUUGAAACACAAUGAUUUCCUCCCACUAACAGGGCAAAAAGUACAUUACAAAAAGUUUAGAACUGUUCA